GUCGUCAGCUUCUGUAGGAUGUAGUGACCUCGAAGCCGCGCCCAAAUCCCGCUCCAUUCCAUCAUCGUACUUCGGGUAGAGCUCCAGUAGUACUGCCAGUGGCUCCAGUGUCCCGGCGUCUCCAGUUGCUCACCUCCGGCAGCUCUGGUACCAAGGUAUUAAACUCCACUCGACUGCCUUCAUUGCUUACGCCUUUUUUCUUCCUUCUUCCAUCUUUCCCUCCAAGUACACAGUUCACGUCUACUUUGAUCCUGUCCAUCUGAUUGUCGUUCGAUUGAGCUUGUGCAAUCUCGAAACCAAGUAAUCCGUCAAAAUGGUUAAAGCAGUUGCCGUCCUUCGCGGAGACUCCAAGGUCACCGGCCAGGUGGUCUUCGAGCAGCCCUCGGAAAACGCCCCUACCACCAUCACCUGGGACAUCAGUGGCCACGACCCAAAUGCCGAGCGUGGAUUCCACAUCCACCAGUUUGGUGACAACACCAACGGAUGCACCAGCGCCGGUCCUCACUACAACCCAUUCGGCAAGACUCACGGCGCCCCGACCGACGAGGAACGCCAUGUCGGUGAUCUGGGCAACAUCAAGACCGAUGCCCAGGGCAACGCCAAGGGCAGCGUCAGCGACAGCCAGAUCAAGCUGAUCGGCGAGCACAGCAUUCUCGGGCGCACGAUCGUCACCCAUGCGGGAACUGAUGAUCUCGGCCGAGGCGGGACUGAGGAGAGCAAGAAAACGGGCAAUGCGGGCGCUCGCCCGGCCUGUGGUGUCAUUGGCAUUGCCGCAUAGACGGUCUAUCUUGAGGGCCGUCAGAGCUGUGCUGCGUCUGACAGCCCCUCGGGCACUCACACUCGCGUCGUGGACGUGCAUACCAAGCCUUGGCUUCGUUUGACCAGGCAAACAGAAACGAGGACAGGUUUUGGUAUGCCCCCCGACAGUGAGGCCUGCCAGCCACAUCCCAGAUACAGUUCUGCAAAUAAUAAAGUCAAUCAAAUAGCAUGUUCGACCUG